CAAAUAUAGUGUUCUACCAGCCGAUUCGCUUAAACGUGGGUGAUGGUUUCUCCAGCUCUUUGGUGCCUAGAAUGGUCGUAUCUAUCAGUGAAGCCCCAGGAUCGGACACUGGCCGUAUAGUCGCUGCAUCGGAAAUAUAUUCAUUCCGGAUACUCAGUACUGUAAACGAAAGGCCAAAGAAGCAAAGAAUAUAAAUGCAUAGGUAUAAAUCAGCCACCCCUAUCGCCGCUGUAGGUAGACUCGCAUUUUAGGUGUCCUCCUUUGCGCCCUCUUUAAUUUUACCCCACUCAUAUCCUCAAUGUGCAGACUAUGUUAUUGGAAAUUCCAACCCGAUAGCGACAAAGCGUGGCAUAAGGCUUGGAUAUGGCAUUGAGGUUGAUGGCAAUCUAGGUGCUAUGUUGUCUCAAGAACUUGGCAGCGUUGAGGCUCUCAGCGGUCGCUGCAUUUGCUUCCCAAAUAUCUACCAGCACCAGGUCUCUGGCUUCAAACUCAAGGAUCUGUCGAAGCCUGGCGACCGCAAGAUCCUUGCCUUUUUCCUCAUCGAUCCGUCCACGAGGAUCCCAUCAGCCAAGGUCGUUCCCCCGCAGCAGCAGGACUGGUGGGCUGAGAAGCUGUUCGAGCUCCCACGAUUUGGCAGCAUGCCUCUUACAAUCAACGACUGCUUGUUUGAGCACAUUGAGUGGCCCAUGUCGCUUGGAAAGGCCAGGGAAGAGCGCCUGAAACUCAUGACCGAGCGUUCGACAAACAACAAGACUGCUACCUCCAUGUAUUUUGAGCAAAGGUUCAACCUGUGCGAGCACUAGCAUGUCUGCCAGCUAAUUCCCUGUUGUCAACAUUUCAACAAUAGGGAGAGGGAUGGGCCAAGCAACCACCGCCACAAAACGGCAUAUAGCAUUGUUGCAUGGGUGC